AUGGCAAGUGAGCUGCAAAGACGAGGCUCUGCUGUGUCAGCCAGGGCAAAUGGUCGUCCUGAUGGUCAGCUAUCGCUACGGUUACAGAGGGUUGUGUCUGUGCCGUCCAAUCAGAAUCCCCCACAGUUCAACUGGAGCUCCAGCCCCGCAGAGCAGGAUGACCAAGGUGACUCUGAACCACCCACGGACAUCAGGAGCCUGCCUAUGCCCAUGGCCUUGAAAAGAGCUGUCUGGCAUGUGCAGCAAAUGCAAGUGCCCGUGGUCUCCAGUUGGCAGUCCUGGAAACGGAGCAAGGCCAAAUCCUUGCACAGGUCCAAAGACACCGCCAGAGGAUUUCUGUCCUUUUUUGCACUGUGGAGGAAAUCCUUGAACAAGAUAGGAGGAAACUUUGGAGGUGGUGUCCAGUCUUACUUCUUGUUCCUGCGCUUCUUGGUGAUCCUCAAUUUCUUCUCAUUCUUGCCUAUUGCUGGGUUUGUCCUCGUCCCUAGCAUUGUGUUCAGAUUCACCAACACCAGCCAUGUCAACAUCACCGGUCCAGAACAAUGCACGUUUUAUGAUCCUAAUCCUCAGGGUUUGGUGGUGUUCUACAAUUACUUCCUCGAUGUUCUUUCAGGAACGGGCAUCAUGGAGUACACCUACCUGUUUUAUGGCUACUACAACAACACAAUGGUAGAAGACAGCAGCUUCUCCUUCAACAUCCCCCUGGCCUACCUGCUGACCACCGUCUUCUACUUCGCCUUCUGUCUCGUCUGUAUUAUUGCACGCAUGGGGGCUGCGGUCCGUGUUGCCGUGGCAACGGGAGGCAGUGCUGUCGGCAGUUACAGCAAGAUAGUGUUAACCGGCUGGGACUACAGUUGCCUAGGAGACAGAACCACCAAACUGAAGCAGAAAAACAUCCUUUACCAGCUACAGGUGGACCUGGAGGAGGAGAGGAUAAAGAAAAAAGCAGCCUCUCUGACCUUACUUCAAAAAGUACUUGUAUACUCACUUCGCAGUUUUCUGGGUCUUGUUGCUUUCAGUCUCAUCGCAGCAGCCUUCUAUUGCAUCGUCCAGGCUACUGUCUUCAGCCAGAGCAGGAGCGGGGAGGAAGGAAUCCUCGGUUUGAUCUUCGAGUACCUGCCCUCCAUCGUUAUCACCGCUGGGAACUUCCUGGUUCCUCUCCUGUGCGACCAGAUCGCUCUGCUCGAGAGAUAUGCCCCCAGCACCACUAUCAUAGUGGCACUGUUAAGGUCAGUUUUCCUGCGGCUGGUCAGUUUGGGUGCCGUCCUGUUUUCCCUGUGGAGUCAGAUCACCUGUGAUGGUGGCAUCACUCGAGGAAAGUGUGACUUGUGCCAGUACAACCACAAGGCCUUCCCGUGCUGGGAAACACGGGUCGGACAGGAGAUGUACAAGCUAACGCUGUUUGACUUCCUCAUAACCGUGGCUGUCCUCAUACUGGUGGAGUUCCCGCGCAGGUUGGUGGUAGACAGCUCGUCCAGCAAGCUGGUGCAGUGGGUGGGACGCCAGGAGUUCCUAGUUCCCGCCAAUGUGCUCGCACUGGUGUACAGUCAGACGGUGGUCUGGACGGGGGCUAUGUUUUGCCCUUUGCUGCCAUUCAUCAGCACCGUCAAGUUUGUGAUCCUCUUCUACUGCAAGAAGAUCACACUGUUCAAUAACUGCCGUCCUGCGAUGAAAACGUUUCGCUCCACCUCCUUCACCUUCUUGGUGGUGCUACUUAUUGGCUGGAGCCUGGGUUUGCUUGUCUUGAUCUACAGUCUGUCUGAGAUCCAUCCGUCUAUGAGCUGUGGGCCGUUCCGCUCGUUCUCUACUAUGUGGACAGUUGUUCCAGCCUCCUUCUAUAGCCUCUCUCAAACUACACGGGAGUUUCUCUUCUUCAUCGGCUCCCACGCAUUCUCCAUUCCUCUGUUUGCCUUCUUUUGUGUGGUUUUGUGUUACUUCAUAGCCUUAGCCUCCGUCUAUGGGAAAAGUGUUGAACUGCUAAAAACUCAGCUUAAACUGGAGGGUCGUGACAAGCAGUUCCUGGUCAAACAGAUUGAAGAGCUGAGCCGGAAACUCCGAAGUCCAAAUAAUUAAUCUGGGGGAUGAACUAAAACAUUGAAAUGCAACACCAUGUUGGAUUUCUCCCCCAACUCCUUUAUUUAACUUCCUCUAUAUCAGCAAGUGUUACAUGUCUGCUGCGACCUCCAGUUCUUGAUCACCGUGAGACAGAGUAGCGGCUGGUGGAUGAUUUCACUGAGGAGGCACACACACACACACACACACACACACACACACACACACACACACACAUAGUCGCAAGGUUUGUCAGUCUUUCUUGCCCACGUGUGUUGUGCUCUUGACAUAUUCGUCAUGUCUUCAAAUCCGUUUGAAAUCCAAGGAUUAUUACUCGAGGAUGAGUCUGCUUCGUCAAACAACAUGUGCAUGGCCAACCAAACCGUUUUCCCAGUGCUCCCGAGCCUGCCAGCCAUUCUAAGUACUAUCAGGUGAUCCUGCACCUGCAGUCUUCUGGAUUAUAUUCAGUUUAGGAGUUGGUCUUCCGUUAUUUUUUAUUUGUAGCUGGUGUUCAAAUUUUAAUCUCCAAGAUUUAUUGGCAAAUAGGUAUUGCAGUAUAUCCCACUCCAUUGCUAGGCAUGCCUUUGAGCUAGCUUUAGCUGGCUACACAGUGCAUAACUAGUCCAAUGACUUCCGGGUUCUACUGCAGCGGUCAUACCCGUUUCCUGUUUGUAGGCGUGUGCUAUUGACGAUGGCA